CAUGGCAUGGGUAGCUGUUGCUCAGCACAGCACGGCACAUAGGGGAUUGCCUCCUUGCUUGGCUGCGUGGCUCGCCCAGGCCUUCAGAAGUGUCAGACAGGGGGGCCUGCCUCUUUCCGCCCUGACGCAAUCUACUGGCUUCCGCGCGCUCUUUUCUCAUCAGUGCUCCUCCACCUCACAAUGCGCUCCCGUGCCUGGUCAUCAUGAAGCCCCAAGAUAAGGUUCCGUCUCGGCGUAAGGGGCCCCGGUCUCUGUUGGGGACGAAGAACUUGGAAACCCAUAAGGCCAUGUGUGAAAAAUAUCAACCGUGGGCCAAAAGUAAUUAUGGGGACACGACAAAGGCAAAAACGAUCACUCGACGGAAGGAGACACGAAUCCGCAGAAUUCUCACGGGUAUCGACAAAGGAAGUGAGAAUGGCAAGUUCAGGGUGUGGGUGCGUUCCAAAGGAUUCCACAUUGGGCUACCUGGAGAUGGUCCCACGCCAGACGACGCGCUCUACGUCCCGGCCUCGCCUAACAAGGUCAGUUCCCAAAUCCACCUGGUCUUUUGCUUUGUCAUGAAUUCUACUGCAAGUGAAGAAAGUAUAGGAAAUGCGGAUCUUCAAACCACCGGGUGCUUUUUAAAAUAUUUAAAUCGUCAUACUAGACUCAUGGUCAGUCUAGACUCUAGAGGUUGGAAAUUAUAGGAAAAGGAUGGAAUUCAUCUGUGGUCCUCGUCUCUUAUUACACUUUCUUAAUCAUAAAAUGUAGCUAUUUGUCCCCAAGUUGGAAUUGGUAUGUGAGACAUGUAGCGCGAGGCGUCUGCCGCUAAGAAGAAAGCAGCCAGGUGGAAAUGCGUGACCUCCGUCUUACGGCGUGUCCCCAUCCGUCCGUCCGUCCAUCCGCCUGUCUCGUCUCGCCUCGCCUCGUCUUGCCUUGCCCUAUUAAUUCAACGAUAUCCAGACUGAGACUGUCUGAGAGAGCUGGUUCCUCCGGAUGAGCCUGGGCCAUGGGGGGGCGGAGAGGAGAGGAAUCAAUCAACCUCCCCUAGCAGAGAGUGUGGGAGUGCAGCGGAUGGAUGUAGAGGAGAAAAGCGAGUAGAGAGGAGCUGGAGCCUUGUCCCGGGCCGGCGAGAGAUUAGGGGGGAAGGCUGGGGAUGUGGCUGUCAUUCCUUGCCUUGCCUUUCUUCUCUCCUGAGCCCAUCCCUUCUCUGGGCAAGCCGACCUCGAAGGAUUAUCCAAAUGGACCAGUCCAAUACAAGAAAGUGGCAGUUGUAGAGGAAUUUUUCGAAAUCAUUUACAAUAUCCACGUUGAGAUUGAAGGAAGACAUGGAAAGCAUGCCGGACAGAAAAGGACCUACAAAGCGGUGUCGGAACAAUACGCUUUCCUGCCUCGAGAAGCCGUGACCAAGUUCCUUGCGAUGUGCAUGGAUUGCCGAAGGAAACGAUCGGGGAAAAGCUCCGAGGAUUCUUCCACACCUAACUCUGUAUCUCCCGAACAUUAUGCGGUGGACGUGAACCGAAAUGAGUUGGAUUUCAGCAUCCCUAUCACAAGUGCUUAUUUGAAGCAGGCUGGGAACCACCACGUACCUGAUACGGACGGCUCGUUCGAAGGAGAUGAGCUGAGAGGGAGCGAGGGGGAGGGAGGAGAGGAGGGAGAGGGAGAGUGUCCUAGGUCCCCAGGUGACGUGAGAGGGGCGCUCGAUCUGAGUAGAUCAGGCUCCGGCCCGUGCAGAGACUUCACCACUUCCCCUCGCGCCCGCACUUCCACCAGCAUUCGAUUAUCCCCCAUCAACAUGCUGAACGGGAAAGAGUCCCCACUGCCUAUUGGGGGUCAAAUGGCAUCAUCGCCGGCUCGUUCUGAAGGAAGUUGCUCCCUCGUUUCGGGUCCGUGUGCGGACGCAGAUGUGAUAUUCCCGGCUCCGAGAGAGUCUGAUUGCCUCUCAUCCAUGUCCCAGAUGGAGAACAUGCAGAGACGCAAGACUUUCGGGGCGUACGUGAGAAAGAUCGUCGACGAGAGUUUGGAUCGAAUGCUCCCGAUAUCCAGGCAGCCGCCGGAGAAGAUAAAUGUCCUAGUGGAGCAGUGCCAACAGUUGUAUCCCGAGUUCAUCCAUGAAGCUCGGAACCGAAUUCGCUCCUAUCUCAAGUCGUGUCGAAGGAACAAGAAAAUCCGAGAGCUCGAACAUAUCCAGACUAACGUUGUGGGGGCCGACGAACCGGCGUCGACGACAAGCAGUAAGAGGAAACUAGUAGGAGACGAUGGGAAAGGGAAAGGGGCGAGGAAAGUGAAGGUGGAAGAAGAGCGAGAUGCCGACAAGCCCUCCCCUGUAAUUCAUUCCCUCGACAAAAAGGAAGAGAUGGAUGUUGACGGCGAGGGCAAGGGCGAGAGAGGGCGUGGUCGACUGGACAGUCUCACCCCAGCGGAAAAGGCUCACCUGGAACAGAUCAUCUCCUGCUAUCGCCAAUCCGCCGCUUAUCUCCUCAGCAGUGCUAACAGACUCGAGGGACUCAUUCAGUCUUGACCGUGUGGGACUGGGUCUUUCUUAACGCUUCUCUCCCUCCCUAUUUAUUUUUUUCUCUCCCACCCAAGAUGUCCAUGGAGUGAAAUGAAAUGCAGUCAGGAAAGUUUUCGUCUAAUUACAGACUUUUCUUGCUUCAUUUCUGAUU